GGCCUCUGUUGCCCCACCCCUUCCGCUUAGGGAAAAAGCAGCUCCCAGAGCGUCUUUGCGGCGGGAGCUGUGCUGCUCCUUAUCAUGGGGACAAUUCAUCUCUUUAGAAAACCACAAAGAUCUUUUUUUGGCAAGUUAUUACAGGAAUUUAGACUUGUAGCAGCUGACCGAAGGUCCUGGAAGAUACUGCUCUUUGGUGCAAUAAACUUAACAUGUACUGGCUUCCUGCUUAUGUGGUGCAGUUCCACUAACAGUAUAGCUUUAACUGCCUAUACUUACCUGACCAUUUUUGAUCUUUUUAGUUUAAUGACAUGUUUGAUAAGUUACUGGGUAAUGAUGAGGAAACCUAGCCCUGUCUAUUCAUUUGGAUUUGAAAGAUUAGAAGUCUUAGCUGUAUUUGCCUCUACAGUCUUGGCACAGUUGGGAGCUCUGUUUAUAUUAAAAGAAAGUGCAGAACGCUUUUUGGAGCAGCCCGAGAUACACACGGGAAGAUUAUUAGUUGGUACUUUUGUGGCUCUUUCCUUCAACUUGUUCACGAUGCUUUCUAUUCGGAAUAAACCUUUUGCUUAUGUCUCUGAAGCUGCUAGUACGAGUUGGCUUCAAGAGCAUGUUGCAGAUCUUAGUCGAAGCUUGUGUGGAAUUAUUCCAGGACUUAGCAGUAUCUUCCUUCCCCGAAUGAAUCCAUUUGUUUUGAUUGAUCUUGCUGGAGCAUUUGCUCUUUGUAUUACGUAUAUGCUAAUUGAAAUUAAUAAUUAUUUUGCUGUAGACACUGCUUCUGCCAUAGCCAUUGCUCUGAUGACGUUUGGCACUAUGUAUCCCAUGAGCGUGUACAGUGGCAAAGUAUUACUGCAGACAACACCACCCCAUGUUAUUGGUCAGUUGGACAAACUUAUCAGAGAGGUAUCCACCCUGGAUGGAGUUUUAGAAGUUCGAAAUGAGCAUUUUUGGACCCUAGGUUUUGGCUCAUUGGCUGGAUCAGUUCAUGUAAGAAUUCGACGAGAUGCAAACGAACAAAUGGUUCUUGCUCAUGUGACCAACAGGCUGUACACUCUAGUGUCUACUUUGACUGUUCAGAUUUUCAAGGAUGAUUGGAUUAGACCUGCCGUACUAUCUGGGCCCGUUGCAGCCAAUGUCCUAAACUUUUCAGAUCAUCACAUAAUUCCAAUGCCUCCUUUAAAGGGUACUGAUGAUUCAAACCCUGUCACAUCAACUCCAGCUAAACCUAGUAGUCCACCUCCAGAAUUUUCAUUUAACACCCCUGGAAAAAACGUGAACCCAGUUAUUCUGCUAAACACCCAAACAAGACCUUAUGGUUUGGGUCUUAAUCAUGGACACACACCUUAUACUAGCAUGCUUAAUCAAGGACUUGGAGUUCCAGGAAUUGGAGCAACCCAAGGAUUCAGGACUGGUUUUACAAAUAUGCCAAGUCGGUAUGGAACUAACAAUAGAAUUGGACAACCAAGACCAUGAUGUACUGUAAUUUAAUUUAUUUUUAUGAGGAAUAUUGACUCCUUGACUUCCAAUUUAUUCAGUAAUCCAACUGUGCAUUGACUGUUCAAUCAUUUACUCUAAAUGUUAGAGAAUAAUGGGUUUAUUCACAUUACAUGAAACUGAUGAAACUAUAUUUUUGUAAAAUGUAUUUGGGGCUGUGAGAACCUUCUAAAUGUCAUAGGGUUUAAGUAGGCUUCCUAUAGAAAGUGUGUUUCUUUAAAUUUGAAUUUUGCUAUUUUUGGUUUUGUAGUUCACUGCAGUGUGAUAACAUUAUCUUUACAAUAAGAGAACCACUCGGAGCAGAUCUGUCACAUUAUUAAAAGUAUAAUUUUUUCUUCAGUGAAAUUUAUAAACAUGCUUCUUGAAUAAUGGUAUACAUUUUAGGAAAGGAAAAAAAAUGUCCAUUCCAAAAGUAAAAGUCUCUUUUAUAGCUUUUCCAAACUUAACUGCUACAUUUUUCUUUGAGGUCCUCUUGAUUUAUGUCUUGCAAAAGAAAAGCAAAAUUUUUUAUGAGAAAUUUUAGAACAUAUUCUGUCUAGCAUAAUUUGAAAUUUUUAAUUAUCCGUUUUUCAUAGUUUUUCUCAUUAAAAUAUUUCAGUACAUUUAUAAAUAGUCCGUGGUUCUCAAAGUGUUUAUUUUGCUUAAAUGAAUACCAAAUCCUUUGGUAAUAUGAAAUGAAGGAUUCCCAGUUUUCUGUCUUACAUUUAAUCAAAUGCUGAUAUAGUAAAACAAACAAACACCAAAAAUCCAAAUACUGACGUAAUGAUGGAAUUUAUCUUUUUUUGUCAACUUUUCAUUGGUUGACUUUUUAAUCUCUCAUUUUAUUAACAAAAUAUAUCAAAUAUAUUACAAAAUAUAUGGAAUUCCUUGCAUAAUAUGGGAUUUGAUAUCUUUUCAAAGUUGCAUUAACAAUUUUGAGUUUAUAUUAUAUAAUUUUACCAAAACAUAAUAGACCCUAGAUUAUAAAAUACGGUAUUGUUAGAUGUCUAACAGGCAAUUUCUAACUAAUUUUGUUUUGCUUUGUCAAAAUCAUAAAUUGUUAACU